UUUGCGCACGAUAACGUUAAGACGAGCUUUGCUUAGCUAAAUAAUACAAAAAAAAAAAUUAUAAAUAAAUUUUAAAUAUUUUAAAAAUAACAAGUGAAAAGUUUUGUUUCGAAUUGAAAUGUUUCUUUUUUAAAAGAAAAUAAUUUUUUAAUACAUUUGCAAAGGAGAUAAUUUAAGUGUUGAAACCAAGUAUUAGUGUUUAAAUAACGAAAAAAUUUGAAGCAAGAAAUUUUAAAAUUUGAAUUUUAAGAAAAAAUUAUCUAAAAUAUAACCCCAAAUUAUUAAUUUCACAAAAAAGUGUUAAAACGCAAGGAUUAAAAAAAAAUAGUAUUAAUCUAAAGUUAAUUAAAAAGUUUAUAAAUUUUAUAUAAUAUUAAUUCUUAAACUCAAUGGAAAGUAAUCAAUAAUUUCCAAGGAUUUUUUAUUUUUAAAAAUUGUUGCAACAGAUUUUUUUACGAAAAGAUUUUCUAAAUUAUAAAUUUUAAGUGUAAUCAACAAAAAAAUAAAUGUUUUUAAUAAUUUGUUCAUAAAGUGGUCGAAAAGCAAAAAAUACACAAUGCGAUUGAAAAUGAAUUUAAAAACGAUUUUAAGCACUAUUUUCGUCCUAUUUGUAAUAAGUGGUCUCACAGUGGCGGAUAAAUCUACCAUGGAAAGAAUCAGGAAACAUCAAGAAUGGCUAAAACAGCGUAAUCAGGGACGUAAUAAUUUAUUGUCUACGGCAAAACCUAAAAAAUCUAUAGAAUUAUUAAAUUUAUGGAGAUUUAAUAAAAAUGAAAAUACUAGUAUUAAUGAAGUCUAUCCAGAAAAUGAUAAUAUUUUAACAAAAUCAACCACAACAACAACUGCCAGCCCAACCACCAACACAACCACCACAACGUUUAUGUCAACCACAAUUAAAACCACACUUCCUACUAUUACCUCUAACAGCACCUCUACGACUACUAGCACACAAAAACCAUUUAUUUCUACAACGACUACGACUUUAAAACCAUCUGUAGCACCUUUUUAUAAUUCAAUACCCAGAUUUGACUCAAAUUUCCAUUUAAAAACCUCUACCACUAACGAUUGGUUGAGUAAUGAUAUUUUGGAAACCACAACACCUUUUACAGCUACAACAUCUACGUCUGUGGCUCCCCCUAAAACAACUUCUACUACUACGGCUACCACAACAACAACUUCUACUCCAACAACAACAACAACACGUAAACCUAAACCGCGUCCCUAUCCACGCUGGGGGAAUUGGGGUGCCUGGAGUGAGUGUUCGCGUAGCUGUGGUGGCGGUAUUCAACACCAGCUGCGUAAAUGUAUUAAUCGGUAA